AUGGUUAACACAAACUUUUCAAUUGUUGAUUAUCUUGUGUUUGCAUUUUUGUUGAUCACUUCAUCGAUGAUCGGCAUAUUAUUUUGGUUUAAAUCCCGAAACAAGCCGUCAAAUGCCGAAUUUUUGACCGGCAAUCGCCAAUUGGGUCUAUUCCCGGUAACCAUGUCGCUGGUGGCCAGUUUUAUGUCCACCAAUACACUGCUGGGUCUGCCAGCCGAGGUCUAUCAAGUGGGUACACAGUUUUCAUUGCAACUAAUCGGCAUUGUUGUGGCCGUUGUGUUGGCCGCCGAAGUAUUUAUGCCAAUCUAUUACCGAAUGGCUCUAUUGAGUGUCAAUGAGUAUUUGGCCAAAAGAUUUAAUGCCCCCUAUAUUCGUAUGGCCGGAACCGUCGGCUUUCUCUUAUCAACUACACCAUAUAUGGCAGUUGUGUUGUACGGUCCGGCACUAGCCUUGAGUUCAGUAACUCCUCUAUCAAUUCCAACAUCUAUUUUAGUGGUUGGAGUUAUCUGUACUUUCUAUACAACAAUUGGUGGUAUUAAAGCAGUUAUUUGGACAGAUGUUUUACAAUGUAUACUAAUGUUUUUGGGUGUCAUCAUGGUCAUUAUUCAAGGUGUCAUUGAAGUCGGCGGAGUAGCCGAAGUGUGGAAUAUCAAUGAAAGGGGCGAUCGUCUAAAAUUUUUUAAUAUGCGAUUUGAUCCCUACAAUCACGACAACUUCUGGAAUGUGGUAAUCGGUACGACCAUCACAUGGAGUGCUGCCUAUUGUGUUACACAAACUCAGGUCCAGAGAUACUGUAGUAUGGGAUCAGCUGCUAAAGCCAAACGAACUCUAUACUGGAACCUACCCGGGCUACUAAUAUUGGCCAUACUGGCCAUACUAUGCGGAAUGGUUAUAUAUGCCAAAUAUCAUGCAUGCGAUCCAAUUACUCUGGGUAUUAUUGAACGACACGACCAACUGAUGCCCUACUUUGUAAUGGAUACGCUAUCGAAAUAUCCGGGACUACCCGGUCUAUUUGUUGCUUGUGUAUUCAGUGGAUCGCUCAGUACAUUAUCAUCUGGUUUUAAUGCAUUGGCUGCCAUAACCUGGGAGGACAUAGUCAAACCUCGUAUCAAAAUAACCAGUGAACGACAGGCGCUUAACAUAACUAAGCUAAUAGCCAUGUCUUAUGGACUGUUAGCCAUUGUAAUGUCGUUUGGUGUGGGAAAUGCCGGCACUGUAUUGCAGGCAUCGUUAGCAUUGACCGGUUCAAUGAUGGGACCAAUGUUUGCAUUGUUUAUUAUUGGCAUAUUUUAUCCCAGAGCAACUUCACUGGCGUCGCUAAUUGGUUUCAUAAGCGGUAUAUCAGUUAGUUUGGUACUAUCGGUCGGCUCAUUGAUUAUCCCGCGACCCAAAGUCUCAUUGCCCACAACUAUAGACUCUUGUGCUGCCGAACUGAUCCAGGAGUUACUGAUCAAACCAAACCAAUUAGCAAAACCAUCAUUUAUUGCUUAUUAUGAUAAUCCUGAUGGUUUCGGUAGAGUAUUUCACAUAUCAUAUCUACUAAUGUCGGCCAUAGGUUUAAUUAUUUCAUUGAUUGUGACCAUAAUAUUUAGUUACUGUAUAGGCAAACCUGAUGAUCAUAUCGAUGGCAGUCUAUUAUCGCCGACCGCUAAAUACAUAUUUUCAUUCAAUAAAAAACAGCAAACAUAUUGUCCAUCCGAUCAAAAGGAUGCAUUCGAUACUAAUAACAAAUCUGAUAUAUUUGAAUCAACUAAUAGCUAUAAAAUUACUGCUGUUUAA